CAUGAAAGUGCUGUGUGUUGCCGAGAAGAACUCGAUCUCCAAGGCAGUAUCGCAGAUCCUUGGAGGCGGUCGCGUCAGAACGAGAGAUUCGGCGUACAAGUACGUCAAGAACUACGAAUUCCAAUUCGAAUUCCCGAACCACGGUGUGUGUGAUGUUGUUAUGACAGCUGUUGCUGGCCAUGUGUGCGGCGUUGACUUCUCUGAUGAGUUCUCCUGGGGCAAGGUGAACCCAGGAAGGUUGUUUGAGGCCCCCAUAGUGGACAAGGCUUCUGCAGACCAGAAAAAGGUUGCUCAGAACAUCACUCAGUUGAGUAAACAAUGCGACCAGUUGAUGAUCUGGACUGAUUGUGAUAGAGAGGGCGAGUACAUCGGGUUUGAAAUCCUCCAGGCUGCGAGGAAGGGCAAUGCGACGCUGACCUUGCAAAACACAUGGAGAGCACAGUUUUCUCAUUUGGAGCGAUCCCAUAUCUUGCAAGCUGCGAGAAGGCCAACCAGGCUCGAUGCGAAGGCUAUUGACGCUGUAAGGACUCGAAUGGAGCUGGACUUGAGAACAGGUGCGGCCUUUACCCGGUUCCUAACAGGCGUAUUCGAAAGGUAUAGGAACGACAACAAGGAUGUGAUCUCAUAUGGAUCGUGCCAGUUCCCAACAUUGGGAUUUGUCGUUGAUCGUUAUAAAAGGGUGAAGGGGUUCAAGCCUGAACCCUUUUGGCACAUUGACAUAUCUGUUAAAAGAGAUGAUAAGCCAACAAAGUUUGCAUGGAAACGAACGAGGCUGUUUGAUAGACUGGCCACCGUGCUUAUCUAUGAACGGUGUAUGAAGUCCAAUAUCGCCACUGUUACAAGCGUCAAGUCUUCACCAACUUCGAAAUGGAAACCGUUACCGUUAACAACGGUACAGUUGCAGAAGGCAUGCUCGAUGUACUUUAAGAUGAGUGCAAAAGAGUCUUUGGAUUGUGCCGAGAAGCUCUACCAGUUAGGGUUCAUUUCAUACCCUAGAACUGAGACUGAUAAAUACCCCAAAAAGAUGGAUCUAAAGGAUCUCAUAUCGAAACAGACGUCGAGUGAAUCAUGGGGCGAAUACGCAAGGGGUCUUCUAGAUGGUGACAAGUUCAGUCAACCGAGGGCUGGAAAGCACGAUGAUGAGGCACAUCCACCGAUUCAUCCAGUGCUAUUCACAAAAUGCCCAGAUUUGACCAUGAAGCAUAAGCAGGUUUAUGAGUUCAUAGUCCGUCAUUUCUUAGCCACUUGUUCUGAAGAUGCUAAAGGUAUGACCAAUUCAGUGGAGCUGACAUGGGGAGAGGAAAAGUUUAAUGCUAGUGGGUUAACAGUGCUAGAAGAGAACUUCUUGUUGGUCUACAAAUAUCAAAAAUGGACUUCGAGUACACAGCUCCCCAGAUUUGAGCUCAAUGAGGAGAUCAAAUUACACAGUGCUGAGAUUAAAGCGGGACAGACACAGCCACCAAGUCUAAUGACGGAGACUGAACUUAUUGCAUUGAUGGAUGCCAAUGGUAUAGGAACCGAUGCAACAAUUGCAGAUCACAUUGAAAAGAUUUUGAGCCGUGAAUACAUCACUAAAUCGACACCCAGACAAGGUAAGAAGUUCUUAAUUCCAACGGUGCUUGGAAUGGGGUUAGUUGAGGGAUUUGAGAAGAUAAAUUUGAACAACUCAUUGACUAAACCGUUCUUGAGGAAGAAUAUGGAGGAAGAGCUGAAAAAGAUUUGUGAAGGUGUAAAGACCAAAGAACAAGUCACUGGCGAGAUGGUGCAACUAUACAGAGAUUCCUUCGCCACGUCUGUGCAAAGUCAAAACGUUAUAUUAAACACUUAUGUCGGAUUGAGAAGAGACGCAGAAGCUGCACAGGCAGGAGCCUAGGUUUUACACCAGUUUAGCAUAGCACCAAUGGUGGUUCAAUUUCGGGAACCUUUCCCAGUAUGAAGGCUUCUUCUUUAAACAGCUUGAUAAUCUCCUCGCUCAAAUCAUCUUCUUUUACCCUUUCAGGUUCCUUUUCACUCUGUUUUAGGCCUGGAGUGAAUGCCGUAUUGUGUGAAUUUGAACCAUUUGAGAAUCCAAACGAGCCUGAACCAAAUGCAGACGAUGUGGAUUGGCCAAACGUUGAG